UGUAAGAACCCUCUUCCUUCAGCCUGGAGACAUCUGGAGAAAUAACGAUGGAAUCAUUUGCUUAAAUGUGUCUAAACGCACAGGGCUUCAGAAGACCUAAAUCAGAGCAGCUCAAUGAAUCCUCAGAGGGAUUUCAGCGCUGAUGAAGAUGAACUUUGGGACAGUGGUGAUCUCUGCGGGUCUGUGCGGUCUGCUCAGCUUCAUCCUGCUCGCCGUGUCCAUCGCCACUGAAUACUGGUACAUUAUAGAAGUGGAUGAUGAGAAGAACUCCAGCCUGGACUACAGCAGCUCUCACUCCGGACUCUGGAGGAUAUAUGAAGGACCGAACGGCAGUUAUCAUGACAUCUCGUUCUACACGGACUCGUCCGAACACACCGAGCAGGAGAAGCACCUUUUGAACUUGCACAGGGUCAUCGUGGUCCUGCUGCCUCUCAGUCUGGUGCUGCUGGUCUUUGGUGGGAUCUUCGGUCUGGUGGCGUCUUUGGCUCAGAGCUGCACUCUUCUCACCUGCAUCGCUGCAUACUUCUUCAUCUGCAGUGAGUGCCAUUAACAGCUACACACGGUUCAGCGGUUCAGUCUACACACAAUUAAGCGAUUGUUGCGUAGAGGUCAGUGAGACAGAGCGGCUCAGACAAUGUCACACGUCCAUAUAAAACACAACGGGAAAGAAAGUAAAUGUCAGACUCUCCAGCUGAGCGCAGCUGUCAGGUGAUCUGGACACACAGCGAGGGGGGUUUAAUAGAUUUGGAGGUUUUUAGCUCAAUAAUACAUAUCCACAAAGCCUG